GUACAGGCCCAUGGGAUGAUUCGGGUCAACCUCCUCUGGACCCUCUCCAGUGCAUGGUUUGACAGGAGUAGUUCGCAGCGUCUCCGUCUCUGUCUCAGUGCCGUUCACUGGUUUGGGUGGCGACUGGCGACUGGCGAGGGUUCAGGGGGCGGGGAUAUUGAUGUUGAUGUUGGCUGCAGGGCGCUAGGACGCUGCCAGCUCCCCGCUCUCCGGCCGCUCUGUGGCCGGGGCCUAGUGGCCAUGAGCGGGCGGGUCGGGGCAGCAGAGGCCGAGGCCGCUGGGCCCGGGGUGGAGGUGCUGAAGCUGAGCGGGGUUCCGGGCUGGGGCCCGGGCAAGAGCAACGACCUGCUACUGGGGCUGGGCGGGCGCGGCGCCAGCCGGCACCACCUGCUCUACUUCCCGGGAGACGUGCAGGAUUAUCAUGAUCUGAUGAUACGCCAUCCAGAAAAUGUUCGCUGGCAGCAAUGGAGUCUCGAAGAAGUUGCCAUUUUACUAUUCCAUCGUUUUCCUAACAGUCACAUAUGGAUCAUAAAGGCUUCCCGGAUGCAUCUACACAAGUUCAAUUGCUAUGACAACUUUGUGCAAAGCAAUUUGUUUGGUGCUCCUGAACAUAGCUCUGACUGCAGGGCUUUCAAACACUUGUAUUCACUGUUGAUGAAUGGGUUUAAGGAAGCACGCACUGUUCUGCGCUCACGGACAAAUACUGAUGGAAAGUCUCAUGAUUCAUUUACAGCUGCCCACGAUGAAGCCUGUAGUGGUCAUUCUAAAAUUGCAAAUGGCCUCGCUUCUAAGAAUGACCUGAGUACUCCAAGUCUCUCUGGAAAUUACACAGAGGUUGAAAACCAGAAAUGCACUGACCCUUCAUUGAAAUUUACAUUGAUUGGUUUCAGCAAAGGUUGCGUGGUAUUGAACCAGCUACUGUAUGAAUUGAAUGAAGCGCAAAAGGACAAGGAACUAGCUGCCUUCAUCAACAACAUUACAGCAAUGUAUUGGUUGGAUGGUGGCCAUGCAGGGGGAAGUAAUACCUGGGUCACUGAUCCAGAAAUCCUGAAGGGAUUAGCCAAAACAGGUAUUCCUGUGCAUGCACACGUGACACCUUAUCAAGUGCGGGAUGGCAUGAGGGCUUGGAUUGGGAAAGAGCAUAUGAAAUUCAUUCGACUCUUGGGGGAGUUUGGUGCUAAAGUGACAAACCAGCUUCAUUUUGAAAAUGAAACCCCUUCUCUGGGUAAUCAUUUUAGGGUUCUUCAAGUGUUCUGAUGUGCUGAGAAUCCAUUGUGACAGAAGAAUCACUAAUUGUUGUUCUGACUUGUUCUUAGUAAAGCCAAGUAGAAAAAUGCAUACAUGUGAAACUGGUACACUGGAGAAAUCCAUUUCAUAUUUUGAGAACUGAGUAAUUGCAUGUAAUUUUGUCCAUCUCACAACCCUAAUGGCGACUAAACGAUGUUUCUGCACAUUAAAAUAGUGUUGUGGGUACU